GGGGGCGGCGGCGGCCGGGGGCGUCCGGCCGGGCUGCUGCUGCUGCCGCCGCUGCUGCUCCUGGGCUGGAGCUGGUCUUCGACGCCGUCCGGAGCGCCCCGCCAUCCCCCCGGGCCGCCCCCCGAGACCCCCGACGCGCCCCCCUACUCCUCCGCCUCCGCCGUGCCCCCGUCGGGGCCCGGCGACUGGUGCCCGGAGCCGUGCGAGUGCUCGGCCGCGGCCCGCACCGUCAAGUGCAUCGACGGCAACCUGAGCGCCGUGCCGGUCCUGCUGCCCUCCAACGUGCGCGUCCUCUUCCUCACGGGCAACCGGCUGGGCCGCCUGGCCCCCGGCGCCUUCGCCCGCCGCCCGCCGCUGGCCGAGCUGGCCGCGCUCAACCUGAGCGGCAGCCGGCUGGAGGCCGUGCCCUCCGGGGCCUUCGCCCACCUGCCCGCCCUGCGCCAGCUGGACCUCAGCCGCAACCCCCUGGGCCGGCUGGGCCCGCGGGCCUUCGCCGGCCCGGCCGCGCUGGAGGAGCUGGCGCUCAACGAGGCGCUGCUCCGGCCGGCCGGGGCCCCCGACGGCGGCCGGCUGGCCUCCAUGCUGGCGGCGGCCCUGCGGGGCGACCCCGAGCCCCCCGGCGACCCCGGCGACCCGGCCCCGGCCGACCGCGUGGCCCUGCGUCGCCUCCGUCGCCUGGAGCUGGCGGGCAACCGGUUCGCGGCCAUCCCCCGGGGCAUGUUCGCCGGCCUCCCGGGCCUGGCGGAGCUCGACCUGCGCAACAACUCGCUCCUGGGGCUGGGCGACGGGGACGGGGGCGCCUUCCUCGCCCACCUGCCCGGCCUGCGCCACCUGCACCUCGCCCACAACGCCCUCAAGGGCCUGGACAACGCCACGCUGGCCGAGCUGCGGGCCCUGCCCGCCCUGCGGGUCAACCUGGACGGCAACCCGUGGGUGUGCGACUGCCAGCACGUCCCCGGCCUGCUGGCCUGGCUCCGGGAGAGCGAGCAGGUGGAGGGCAAGGCCGCCCUGGCCUGCGCCUUCCCCGCCCGGCUGCGGGCCCGGCCGCUGCUGCAGCUCAACCUGUCCGAGCUGGACUGCGGCCCGGCCCCCCUGGACCUGCAGGCCCAGCUGCAGACCUCCUACGUCUUCCUGGGCAUCGUCCUGGCCCUCAUCGGGGCCAUUUUCCUGCUGGUCCUGUACUUGAACCGAAAGGGCAUCAAAAAGUGGAUCUAUAACAUCCGGGACGCCUGCCGGGAUCACAUGGAGGGCUACCACUACCGCUACGAAAUCAACGCCGACCCCAGGCUCACCAACCUCGGCUCCAAUUCCGACGUCUAGCCGCGAGCCGAGGACUGCCUCCUCGCCCCACCCGACCCCCGGAGCCGGGGGCCGCAGCUCUGCAUGACAUGUAGACUUCAGGCUUCCCCCCCACCCCCCCUUCUGCCCCCCGGGCUUGUGUGUCGUCCUCCCCACCCCCCCCCCGACCCACCCCCUUGGCCUCCGCGCCCCAGAAACCACAGACUUGGACUUCUAAAUGCCGGGCAGGGAACGGGCUUCAAGGUCGUCUAGGUCGCGCCCCCGUCCUCCCCCCGGACCUCUUGGAGCUUGGGGUUUGGCUGUACCCGGGGUCUUUCCCCUCGCCCCUUCUCUCCCACUCCCCUCGCCCCCUUCCCCCCACUCCCCUCGCCCCCUUCCCCCCCUCCCGUGCCCUGUGCCGGAGCCUGGUCACUUCUGAUUCAGGGGGAUCUCGGGCAGUGCUUGUUUGGAAAGAUUUUUUUCUUCCUUGCUUUCUUUCUUUCUUUCUUUCUUUCUUUCUUUCUUUCUUUCUUUCUUCUAAGUUUCGCCCGAAAAAAGGAUUUCUCCCAGUACUAAGGUGUAGCAGGGGUACCGCUACAGAUGCCGUUCAACGAAAGCUGCCUCAACUUUUUUGGGAAAAAAGUAUUUUAUCCGGCAGUUCCAGUUUUAGUCCUAUAUAUCGUCAUUGUGGACGGGAAUCAUUUCAUUCCAUAAAUUGCCUGCACACUUAAAGAGCUCUUUUUAACCAUUCCGUAACAAAAUAGCACAUGAAUUAGAAAGCAUGCAUAUAUUUUACUGGUCUGCAAAUAGUGAAGAAAAAAAACAAAAACCUUGCAACCUCAGACAAGCUCUUUGUAAAAACGAACUUACUUUUUGAUUGCAGUUUACGUGAAAAGUUGCCGUUUUUUAUAUAAACUGCAUACAGAUUCAACAAGACGAACUGUUAAAAGCAUUAAAUAAAGGGUCGUGAAAGAAU